UGAUGUGUAAAUAGGAUCAAACAUACCAGUAUUGAUUCCGUCUAACGUCGAGUGCUAAAGUCGAGCUGCGUCCACUUCCACCAGAUAGAUGGAUUCAAUCAGAGUUUCAAAGGUGGAGAAGGUAUUAUGUGGCAAGUCCGGUAGCGCUCAAUAUGGAUCUUUACACCUCACUGCCCAUCACCUUAUAUUUCGGUAUGAGGAUGCUGAGAAGGAGGAGAUGUGGGUACCUUACCCGCUGAUAUCUCUUGUAUUGAAGCUCCCGCAAACGUUGCAUGGACAGAGUCCGCUAACAUUCCACACUCGAAUGUUUGAAACGUUUUCACUAUCGUUCGAGAAGGAGCGGGACACUAUAGACGUAUUCGAAAGUGUCAAAGAGCUGACCGUGUGUACCUCCGUCAACCAGCUGUAUGCGUUCUUCUACACUCCUAGCCCGCCGUUUAAUGCUACGGGUGGAUGGUCUAUUUACUCUCCAAGAGAAGAAUUCGGCCGUAUGGGCGUUGGAACUCGUACGAAAGCUUGGCGAUUCACUGACAUCAACAAGGAUCACACUUUCUCGCCUACCUACCCUUCACGACUGGUCGUGCCGACUCGCAUCAGUGACUCAACGUUGCGAUACGCGUCCAAAUACCGCAGCAAAUGCCGAAUACCUGCACUGACCUACUUACACUGGGCAAACUUUGGCAGCAUCACGAGAUCAAGCCAGCCGAUGGUGGGCAUUAAGCAGAACCGCUCACUUCAAGAUGAGAAGCUCGUCGAAGCUGUCUUUCAGUCUCAUCAUUUCUCGGAAUCACGCCCGUCAGGCGGCGCGGUUUACGGUGCCACCAGCACGAAUUUAAUAGUUGACGCACGGCCGACUGCCAAUGCUGUGGCUAACACAGCCAAAGGUGCAGGCACGGAAAUCAUGGAUCAUUACAAGGACGCCAAGAAGGUUUAUUCGGGCAUAGACCACAUACAUACCAUGCGGGAGUCCCUUGCCAAGAUCGUGGACGUAUUGCGCGAAGCGGAUAACGUAGCUGCGAGCGUUACUGGUAGCCUGCCUGGUGAAGCACAACAGCUUAUUGUAGUCGACCGGCAGGCGCUGCGUCGUUCUGGAUGGCUCAGACACAUGUCGAAUAUACUGGAGAGCACAGCCCUCAUUGUUCGCAACAUUCACAUCAAUUCGUCACAUGUCCUCAUCCAUUGCUCUGAUGGCUGGGAUCGAACGUCUCAGUUAUCUGCGUUGGCCCAGUUAUGCUUGGAUCCAUAUUACCGCACCAUUCGAGGUUUCCAGAUACUGAUUGAGAAAGAUUGGGUGUCAUUUGGGCACAAAUUUCUUGAUCGGUGCGGACACCUCUCCUCCGACAAAUUCUUUACCUCGUUACCAGAAACCGGGGGGACGAAUAGCGGCGCUGAUGCUGCACAAGCCUUCUUAGUUUCCGUCCAGAAUCGAUUCACUUCCCAAAGCCACCUGAAGGAGACGAGCCCCUGUUUUCACCAAUUCCUGGAAUGCGUCCGUCAGCUGCAGCGGCAGUACCCCUCUCGUUUUGAGUUUAAUGAGCGCUUCCUCCGCCAACUGCUGUAUCACCUCUAUUCGUGCCAGUUCGGCACUUUCUUAUACAAUUGUGAACGCGAACGACGAGCUGGUGAAGAUGGCGCUGUUCCCUCGGAGCGAACAGCUUGUAUCUGGGAUUUUUUCAACUCCACCACAGAGCUAGAGCUGAACAAGAAUGACGCAUACGACCCCUCUUUGGAUGAACCAUCCAGUAGAGAUCCUUCGGCUGACAUGGGUGUUCUCUAUCCAAAUGCCAAGGAUAUUCGUUUUUGGCACGAGCUUUAUGGCAGGACAGAGGAGGAGAUGAAUGGGAGGAUAGUUAUCUCUCAAACGAAGGAGGGCCCCGAAUUCACAUCCCCAAUCGAUUCCAUAGAAGAUGAUCCUAUCAAUUCAAUCAGUGUUCCUGCAGGAAUACCGCUUCCACCGUCCCCUGCUAGAACGCCAAAUCUUUCGAAUCCUUCUGCCGUACCAUCCAACGUUGCAAAUGCGUCUGAAACCCUGACUGCAGGCCUUCGUGGACUAUGGUCUUCAUUACCAGACAUUCCUCAGAGAGUAACUGGUGAUAAUAUUGCAGCUCCAUCCCCCUCGUCGCUACGGCCUUCUGGCCCUCCCCUUCGACCAUCCUCUCCAGGAAGUAUUUCUUCAUCCCUGGGUCGCACUCGGACGGCCAAUUCCGCGGAUAUGUUUUCGAAUACCGGAGUGAGAUCAGUGUGGGGGAAAUUAUCUUCGAAUGCCACCGCGGCAUUCUCAGCAAUGCAGGAUGUCUAUGAUGGGGUUGCGAAAGAUUUGAAGACCUUGCCGAGGCCAUCAGGAGAUAACGAAGAGAUCCCAGGAAAGACUUCUGAGCUUCAACCUCGUGAGCGCCUUGGAGACGGAGAGCGCUCUACUUAUCGUGGAACUAGUCAGGCAUACCCUGCCGGCUCAUCAUAUAACCCUUGGGAUAGUAUGAAACCCCCAAAAGCUAUACAAGUCCUUCCCUCCGACAAUCCCUGGAGUACGACUAGGUCUCGGUCGCCUAGACAAAUCUCCUUAUCAGGAGAUCUCUUUGACGGGAAAUCAUUACCGCUUGACCCAACAGUCGCACAUCCACCCCGUCACAGCUCGUCAGAAUCCCAUAUAUCUGGGCAGGACCAUAACAUCGGUGUGCCCUAUCCCACGGUUGUGUCUGAUGAGAGCCCUGUUUUAGAACACGAAGAUAAACAAUCCUCGACAAAUACAGAUCCUCUUGGUGUAGGAUUUUUGUAAUAAUUAAUUCGUUUGACUAUCAAGCUACUAUCAGGCCCUUAGGAUUUACCCACACUACACUUCCCGAUUAAACAUUUUCCCUCCAACGUCCAUCAUUUGAUGUCUCAUGGGAACCCAGUGCCACGUCUGCUCACGUCUGAGUCUGCUAUCAACUGUUAUCAGUUUGUUUCGGAGGAUGCAGUACGUUGUAUUUUCGCAAGAUAGCAGAAGAUGGCGUGAUGGUGGGCUUACAUAAGCGACAUAGAUCAUUUAAUUGUUUUUCGCGCAACGCUUGGUCUCACAUCUUCUUUCACUCCUUCCCAACUCCUUCUCUUGUUUAUUUCGACGUCUUCAAUGGCUGCUAACGGAAACGCGCGUGCUGCUCUUGCACCUGGGCAUCUUUUAUUCACCUCUGAGUCUGUAGGCGAAGG